AUGGGGGUACCUUUAUUUGGGGACAGCAAGCCCUUCUAUUUCCGGAUCUGGAAUGGACUAAGUCAGAAGUUACAAGGCAAAAAAUCCUGGGAUAAACAUCUGGAUGAAAUCUACUUACUCCAGCAGAAAAGGAUCUGGGAAUCCCCACUCCUCCAGGCUGCCAAAGAGAACAACCUCCCAGCCAUUAGGAAACUUCUCACUGAUGGAACAUGUGAUUUCUAUCAGAGAGGUGCAGUGGGGGAGACCGCCCUUCAUGUAGCUGCCUUGUAUGAUAAUGUAGAGGCUGCAGUGACUCUGAUGGAAGCAGCUCCUGAGCUUGUCAAUGAGAGGAUGACAUCAGAGCUCUAUGAAGGGCAGACGGCUCUCCACAUUGCAGCAGUGAACCAGAACAUCACUUUGGUGAAGGCUUUACUCAAGAGAGGGGCCAAUGCCUGCACAGCACGGGCCACUGGACAUUUCUUCAGGCGCAGCUCCCAGAAUCUUCUCUAUUUCGGAGAGCAUGUUUUAUCAUUUGCUGCCUGUGUGGGAAAUGAGGAAAUUGUACAGUUGCUCAUUGAAAAUGGAGCUGACAUUAGAGCUCAAGAUUAUCUGGGUAACACUGUUCUUCACAUCCUGGUUCUCCAACCUAAUAAGACAUUUGCCUGCCACAUGUACAGCCUGAUACUUUCCUAUGACAGGAAAAAAGAGGGACCAGGAUCACUUGAAUUGAUUCCUAACAAUGAGGGGCUUACUCCAUUCAAACUGGCUGGAGUUGAGGGCAACACUGUGAUGUUUCAAUACCUUAUGCAGAAGCGGAAGCACAAUCUCUGGUCCUUUGGUCCCUUGACCACUGUGCUCUAUGAUCUCACAGAGAUUGACUCCUGGGCAGAAGAUCAGUCCUUCCUUGAGCUCAUUGUCUCAACCAAGAAGAGAGAGGCACGCCAGAUCUUGGACCUAACACCUGUGAAGGAGCUGGUGAGCCUGAAGUGGAAUAUGUAUGGUCGUCCCUAUUUCUGUUUCCUGGCUUUAUUCUAUAUACUCUACAUGGUCUGCUUCACUAUGUGCUGCGUCUACCGACCACUGAAACCCCGAAUAGGCAACAAAACAAGCAGCAGAGACAAUACAAUCUAUAUCCAGAAAAUGCUGCAGGAAUCAUAUAUGACAUAUGAGGAUGAGCUGAGGCUGGUGGGAGAGCUGAUCACAGUAAUUGGAGCUGUAGUAAUUUUGAUCCUUGAGAUCCCAGAUAUCCUUAGAGUUGGAGCAGCAAAAUACUUUGGACAAACCAUCCUAGGAGGGCCUUUUCACAUAAUUGUCAUCACAUAUGCGUGCAUGAUUCUAGUAACCAUGGUGAUGCGUCUCACCAGCACAACUGGUGAGGUGGUGCCCAUGUCCUUUGCCCUGGUGCUAGGAUGGUGCAAUGUCAUGUACUUCGCACGAGGCUUCCAGAUGCUCGGACCCUUUACCAUCAUGAUCCAGAAGAUGAUAUUUGGAGAUCUUAUGCGCUUUUGCUGGCUUAUGGCUGUGGUGAUACUAGGCUUUGCAUCAGCUUUUUACAUCAUCUUCCAGACAGAGAACCCUGAAAACCUUGGGCAGUUCUACAACUAUCCCAUGUCCUUGUUCACCACCUUUGAGCUGUUCCUCACUAUCAUUGAUGGCCCUGCAAACUAUGAUGUGGACCUGCCCUUUAUGUACAGCGUGGUAUACUUUGCCUUUGCCAUCAUUGCCACCCUCCUUAUGCUCAACUUGUUAAUUGCCAUGAUGGGUGACACCCACUGGAGAGUGGCCCAUGAGCGGGAUGAGCUCUGGAGAGCCCAGGUUGUCGCUACUACUGUCAUGCUGGAGCGGAAACUGCCACGCUGUCUCUGGCCUCGCUCUGGAAUCUGUGGGCGGGAGUAUGGGCUAGGAGACCGAUGGUAUCUCAGAGUUGAAGACAGGGUUGAUCCCAAUAAACACAAGGUGAUGCGGUACACAGAAGCAUUUAAGGCUCAGGAUCGGGAUAACUAUGACAAAGGUUUGGAAAAGAUGGAAAUCAAUAGGAACAUCCUGUACAAGAAGGAACUGUCUGCUCUGUCAUUGUCACGGAGCACAUCCAGGACUAGUUCUCACCGUGGCUGGGAGAUUCUGAGGCGCAACACCUUCCACCAACUUUGUGGAGAGGUCAGUCAUACCAUGGAAGAGGAGGUCUAUGAUGUCUAA